AUGCCUCGCAGUCCAACAUCAAGUGAAGAUGAGAUGGCACAAAGCUUUUCAGAUUAUUCUGUCGAAUCUGAAUCAGACAGCUCCAAAGAAGAAACUAUUUAUGAUACUAUCAGGGCUACAUCAGAGAAACUAAGCAGCAGAAUGGAAGACAAUAGGAGCAACACAUUAGUGAUACGAAUUAUAAUACCUGACCUACAGCAAACGAAAUGCAUUAGAUUUAAUCCUGAAGCUUCAGUGUGGGUAGCAAAACAACGAAUUUUAUGCACUUUGAAUCAGAGUUUGAAAGAUGUCCUGAAUUAUGGGCUGUUUCAGCCUGCCAGCAACGGGAGAGAUGGGAAAUUUUUGGAUGAGGAGCGACUCCUUAGGGAAUAUCCACAACCAGUGAAUAAAGGUGUUCCCUCCUUAGAGUUUCGGUACAAGAAGAGAGUGUAUAAGCAAUUAAAUCUUGAUGAAAAACAGCUGGCCAAGCUUCAUACAAAGGCUAAUUUGAGAAAAUUUAUGGAUCAUGUUCACCAUCUCUCAGUGGAAAAAAUCACCAAGCUGUUGGAUCGGGGACUAGACCCUAACUACCAUGACCUAGAGAGUGGAGAAACUCCUCUAACUUUGGCAGCUCAGCAUGAUAAUACUGUAGAAGUAAUCAAAGCUCUGAAAAAUGGAGGGGCACAUUUAGAUUUCAGAGCCAAAGAUGGAAUGACAGCUCUGCACAAAGCAGCUAGAGCCAAGAACCAAGUAACCCUCAAGACCGUUUUAGAGCUUGGAGCAUCUCCUAACUACAAGGACAGCUGUGGAUUGACACCACUAUACCACACCGCUGUAGUAGGAGGAGACCCUUAUUGUUGUGAACUUUUACUUCAUGAACAUGCUACAGUCAGCUGCAAAGAUGAAAAUGGAUGGCAAGAGAUUCAUCAGGCUUGCCGAUAUGGACAUGUCCAGCAUUUAGAACACUUACUUUUUUAUGGAGCAGAUAUGGGAGCACAGAAUGCCUCAGGAAAUACAGCAUUGCAUAUUUGUGCCCUUUAUAACCAGGACAGCUGUGCAAGAGUUCUGUUGUUCCGAGGAGCCAACAAGGAGUUAAAGAAUUAUAACAGCCAAUCUUCGUUUCAGGUGGCCAUAAUAGCAGGAAAUUUUGAGCUGGCUGAAUAUAUCAAAAAUCACAAGGAAACAGAUAUUGUGCCAUUUAGAGAGGCCCCUACCUAUUCAAACAGGAGGCGAAGGCCCCAAAGCACCUUGGCAGCACCUCGUGUCUUACUUCGUUCCAACAGCGAUAACAAUCUGAACAUCAACAACAUUCCUGACUGGUCAGCUUCAUCUUCUGCUUCUUCACACCGCAGCCUUUCACCUCACCUACUUCAACAGAUGCAGAAUAAUCCUAAUGGAACUGUAAAAACUGUUGGGAGCUAUACCCCAUCAUCUCGGAGUCGGUCGCCAUCAUUAAACAGGGUAGGAGAGGAUGCAAAAAGACAGCAACAUAGGCACAUCAGUGCCAGUUAUAAUCCCAGUGCCAACAAGGAUGCUAUCGCUGCCUUGGAUUAUCAGGGUCCAAAACGCAAACUUUACAGUGCUGUACCUGGAAGACUUUUUAUUGUCGUCAAGCCAUAUCAACCUCAAGGAGAAGGAGAGAUUCAUCUGCACAAAGGGGACAGGGUGAAAGUUUUAAGCAUUGGUGAAGGUGGAUUCUGGGAAGGCAGCACCCGAGGACUUGUUGGAUGGUUUCCCGCAGACUGUGUUGAGGAAGUGCAGUGUAAACCAAACGAAAGCAGACCAGAAACUCGAACGGAUAGAACAAAGAAAUUGUUUAGACACUACACAGUUGGAUCAUAUGACAGCUUUGAUGCUUUAAGUGACUGCAUUAUAGAAGAAAAGGCAGUGGUCCUGCAGAAAAAAGACAAUGAAGGAUUUGGAUUUGUGCUCAGAGGGGCAAAAGCUGAUACACCUAUUGAAGAAUUCACCCCCACUCCAGCCUUUCCUGCUUUGCAGUACCUGGAAUCUGUGGACGAAGGGGGAGUAGCCUGGCAAGCUGGCUUGAGAACUGGAGACUUCCUGAUUGAGGUUAACAGUGAAAAUGUAGUGAAAGUUGGCCACAGGCAGGUGGUGAACAUGAUUCGACAAGGGGGUAAUCACCUAGUUCUUAAGGUUGUCACAGUAACCAGGAAUCUUGAUCCAGAUGAUACAGCUAGAAAGAAAGCCCCACCACCUCCAAAGCGAGCUCCAACCACUGCAUUGACCUUGCGGUCUAAGUCAAUGACCUCAGAGCUUGAAGAGCUUGUGGAUAAAGCUUCAGUACGGAAGAAGAAGGAUAAAGUGGAUGAAAUUGUACCAGUUUCCAAGCCAUCAAGAAUUACAGACAAUGUAACUGUGGACUCAAGAGUGGCAACGAUUAAACCGCGGCCUUCCAGUAGAUGCUUUCCUUCAGCUACAGAUAUGAAUUCCAUGUACGAUAGACAGGGUAUUGCUGUGAUGCCACCUACUGUACCUGGGACUCCUCAAGGUCUUUUUCUAGGUAUACCUCGGGGUACAAUGAGAAGACAAAAAUCUAUAGGUAAAAUUUUUCUCAUCAGUGGAAUAACAGAGGAAGAACGUCAAUUUUUGGCUCCUCCUAUGUUGAAAUUUACCAGAAGUCUAUCCAUGCCAGACACUUCUGAAGAUAUCCCCCCUCCACCACAGUCUCUACCCCCUUCACCACCACCACCUUCUCCCUCCCUUUAUAACUCUCCCAAAUCUCCAACAUCAAGAAGCUAUGGAACAAUUAAACCUGCAUUUAAUCAGAAUUCAGGUUCAAAGGUUUCUUCAGGUAGAUCUGAACAUAUGGGAACAAUAAUGAGGGACAAAGGGAUGUAUUACAGAAGAGAAUUGGACCGCUAUUCUCUAGAUUCUGAGGACUUGUAUAGUAGGAAUGUCGCAUUGCAGGCAAACUUCAGAAACAAGAGGGGUCAGAUGCCGGAAAACCCAUAUUCUGAAGUUGGGAAGAUAGCAAGCAAAGCAGUUUACGUGCCAGCCAAACCAGCAAGGCGGAAGGGAAUGCUAGUGAAACAGUCUAAUGUCGAGGAUAGUCCAGAAAAGACCUGUUCUAUUCCAAUUCCAACAAUUAUUGUGAAAGAACCAUCUACCAGCAGUAGUGGGAAAAGCAGCCAAGGAAGCAGUAUGGAGAUUGACCCUCAGUCUUCAGAGCAGCCUGGACAGCUCAGACCUGAUGAUAAUUUAAACGUCAGUAGUCCAUUUGCAGCGGCCAUUGCUGGAGCAGUGAGGGACAGGGAAAAGAGAUUAGAAGCUAGGCGUAAUUCUCCAGUUUUCCUUUCUACAGACUUGGGAGAUGAGGAUGUUGGCCUGAUGCCCCCAACACCACGUAUGAGGCAAUCUAAAUUUACCGAUGAGGACGUAUUUAGUAAUGAAGAUAGUUUUAGGCAACUUAUGUCACCAUCUCCAAUUCCUGCACCUAGAGAAUCUGAAAAUCUUUUUAAUAGCAGUGAACCUAGCAAUGAAAGUGAUGCAAGGACAUUAAACUCUUCAUCCAUAAAAAAAGUUACUGAAAACAAUAUGGUUGCAGCUCAGACCGUUAAUGUGUCCCGUUCGGAUAAUUAUGUUCACCCACUCACAGGAAAGAUAUUAGAUCCAAACUCACCUCUAGCACUCGCGCUCUCUGCGAGAGAUAGAGCCAUGAAAGAACAAACGCAACAAACUCCAGGCAAAGGAGAAACCGGUAAAGCAGACCUUAAUAAACCCCUUUAUAUUGAUACAAAGCUGAGAUCUAAUAAUGAAACAACAUUUCCUGUGACUGCUGCUGCUACCAGGCAAAAUACACGUGGCCCACUGAGAAGGCAGGAGACUGAAAACAAAUAUGAAACAGAUAUGGGGAAAGAGAAGAAGCCUGAAGAAAAGAAAAACAUGCUGAUAAAUAUUGUGGAUACUUCACAGCAGAAAUCAGCUGGUUUACUAAUGGUUCAUACUGUGGAUGCAGCAAAGUCUGAUGACACCCUUGAAGAUGAUGAGAAGAGAGUUGAAAUGGAAAUGAACCCAGACAAUUCUCCAUCAGAGAUGCCAGUAGAUAGUGAAGAAGCAGAAAGUGGGUUGAAUGUAUCUGCUACACCUGAGCCACCUGCAUCUCCCUGCAAAACUAUUGUAGCAGCUAGCUCUGUUGAUGACCCUGUCAUUUUGCCAUUUCGCAUCCCUCCACCUCCUUUAGCAUCUAUUGAUAUUGAUGAAGAAUUUAUUUUUACUGAGCCAUUACCUCCUCCCUUAGAAUUUGCUAACAGUUUUGAUAUCCCCGAUGACCGUUCAGCUCCAGGUUCUGCUCUAACGGACUUACUUAAGCAAAGAAAAAAUGGAACACCUACAUCUGUUUCAUUUAACCCCAAUCAAUCAACAAAUUCUUUAGACAGUAAAAAACAAGUGGGUCUUUCAAACUGUUUGCCUGCCUCAUUUCUGCCACCCCCUGAAAGUUUCGAUCAUGUCACCGACUCUGGUAUUGAGGAGGUAGACAGUCGAUCUAGUAGUGACCAUCACUUAGAGACAACCAGCACUAUCUCAACAGUGUCCAGCAUCUCUACCUUAUCCUCUGAAGGUGGUGAGAACUUGGAUACUUGUACAGUCUAUGCAGAUGGGCAAACAUUUCUGGUGGACAAACCCCCAGUACCUCCUAAGCCAAAAAUGAAGCCCAUAAUCAACAAAAGCAAUGCACUUUACAAAGAUGCUCUAAUUGAAGAAACUGUAGAUAGCUUUGUUAUCCCUCCACCUGCUCCACCCCCACCUCCUAUCAUUGCACAGCCCAGUACGGCUAAAGUUUUACAGCAAAGGACCUCCAAGCUAUGGGGUGAUGUAACUGAGGUAAAAAGCCCAAUUCUCUCAGGCCCAAAGGCUAACGUUAUUAGUGAAUUGAACUCAAUACUACAACAAAUGAACAGAGAGAAAUCCUCAAAGCCAGGGGAAGGGUUGGAGUCGCCUACUGGAACAAAAACUGCAAGUCUCAGUACAAGGAGCACAGAAGUCAUGAGUACUGUCUCAGGUACACGAAGUACAACCAUCACUUUUACAGUCCGGCCUGGAACCAGCCAGCCCAUCACAUUGCAGAGCAGGUCCCCAGACUAUGACAGUAGGACAUCAGGAGUGAGACACGCUCCAAGCCCUGUGGUUUCACCAACAGAGAUUAACAAAGACAUCAUGCCUGCUCCUCUGACUGCUGCUGCUUCAGCUUCAUCUCCUUCUCCAACUCUGUCUGAUGUAUUUAGCCUACCCAGCCAGCCUCCUUCUGGGGACUUAUUUGGCUUGAACACAGGACGCAGCAGGUCUCCUUCUCCCUCAAUAUUGCAACAGCCAAUCUCAAAUAAGCCUUUUACAACUAAGCCUGUCCACCUGUGGACUAAACCAGAUGUGGCAGAUUGGUUGGAAAGUCUAAACUUAGGUGAACAUAAAGAGACCUUCAUGGACAAUGAAAUAGAUGGCACCCAUUUACCAAACCUUCAGAAGGAAGACUUGAUAGACCUUGGAGUGACAAGAGUUGGGCACAGAAUGAAUAUAGAAAGAGCUUUGAAACAGCUACUGGACAGAUAA